AUGGACCCUCGAAUUACUCUUCUCUCUUCUUGCCCUACUAAGGGCUUCCUUCUCAGGGCGCCGAAUCAAGACUUAUCGAUCCUAGAAGAGUUGUGUGGAGUUCGAUGGCCGUGCAAAUCUUGUCAGCAGGACUUCGUUAAUAGCAUCUGCCCCGAAGGUUACGAGAGGUCUGGUGAUGUAUGUUUGGCUUCCGACGUUCUUCCUGCCAGCGCACCGACGGCCUUGGAGAUCGAAGAAUGGGACCCACAGGACCGGCAAGAGUGGUCAAAUGCGACUGGGAUUCCCUGGCCCUGUUUGGAUAGUAAGAGCUGCAAGAGAGAUUACAGCAACCCAUGUCCGAAAGGGUUUAUACCCUUGUCUGUCAAGAAGAGCUUCUCCGAACAUGGAUCAAUCUCACCAACGGGAGGGACGGCGACGGAGGAGACGAAUACAUUGACCGAGGAGACGAAUACAUUGACCGAAGAUACAUCGAUCGAAGAUACGGCGACCGAGGCAGCUCCUGCUGUGCCUGCAAGUCCUGCCGCCCCGGCCUUUUGUAUGUCUGCGCACUACAAGGGGAUUUGCUCUUCAUACUUUCCUUCUGACGGUUUAGUUAUGAAAGAGUUAUCUCGGAUAUACCAUGAGAUGUUUAACAAGAAAUUGGCAACAGAGGAUAUCACAAUAUGGGUCGUACCCAAAACUAUUGAAGCGAAGUUGAGAAUGACAGCUCUUUGUGGUGUGGCCUGGGGUUGUCAUAGUGACUGCACUCCGAAUUACUUCAUCCCUUGUGGGUAUGGAUGGAGAGAGUCGGGUAAGAAGUGCAUUCGACAUCAUAACGGGGCGACCAACUACUGCCACCUUGACGAAUAG